UGAUGUUAGUAAUUAGCAGAGCAUGUUACCUUCACAUCCUGUGCUCCUCUUUCCUGCAGUAAAUGAUCCUGUAUUGGGAGGGUAUUUCAAUCCUGUCUUUUUGGAGGGGUGGGAUUUGUUAAACCAGUGGGUUGGGCUUGAUGUUAACCCUUUCCUCUCUCUCUCCCUUGCAGGUGACGAUGCUGGCUUUGAGACUGACGUCUAUAAUAACACUGCCAUUAACACCCCCCACCUGCGACAGCUGGCUCAGAAAAGCCUGAUCUUCAAAAACGCCUUCACCUCUGUCAGCAGCUGCUCUCCCAGCCGGUCUGCAAUACUGACCGGCCUGCCACAGGUACUGCUGCAUGUAUCGAAAGCUCUGCCCUGAUGGAUGUAGUAUUCAUAAGCUGUCAGAUGGCAGUUCGGGGGUAUCCCUGCCUUCAAUGAUUGCUUCCCCUUCUGUGCCAUGUGAAUAGUACACACAGUGCGGCAGCACCUUUCAUGUUCAGCCCAUCACCUUUGUGAAGUGGACUGGGUCCAGGAGAACAGUGUGGUUCUGACAGCCCUAGGCGGGACUGGAAACUCUGCAAACUAGCUGGCGAUUCAGUGGAAUUGUAGAGACUAGAAAAACUAAUUUAAAAUUUUACACAAAACUAGCUGAUUUUGUAAAUUCUCCAAAUCAGCUUAAGUCUGAGCUUCACUAGUUUUACCUAAAUUUUGCGAUUCAGUUGGUCUAGAAAUAAUCCCACCAGAUUAAGUUACUUUCUGACUGUGCCACAUCGCUUUAUGUCCUUAUGAUGAAAGUGACCAGUUCGCUGAUCCUUGCAAGAUUACAUAAAGUGAUCCUUGGAGCGAAUUCAUACAGCUCGGCAUGGCUCAAUGUGUCUGUUUUUUAAAUCAAUCAACAGUUUUCUAUUUCUGUCUUAUAGACACGUUAUAGUCACUUUUAGCAUGUUGGUGUUUUUUUUUAGGAUUUUAUUUAAAGUUCCCAGUGUGUUCUAUACACCCCAAAUCAGAUAGAUGAUUUAACCAAGGACUAUUUAUUCCAUACAGAAUUAACUAAACAAGAAACUGGGGAAUUGGCAAGGAAAUUGCCAAUCUGAUGCCAAAGUAUCAGAAUUAAAGAAAACCAAACACCCAAUCUAUUUUUCCAGUUUGGCUAUUUUGGUCUGCAGUUCGUCAUAAUUCCCAUUAUAUUAAACUGAACUUGUAUUCUCAGCCCAGCGCUCUGUACUCCAGAACCAGAUCUUUGCAGAAUGUCUGUUAGUGAUGGGCAAGGAAUACGAAGACCAGAUUUCAUUUCUUUGGAGAAAUACAUUUUAAAACCUUGCUACAAAGUUUGUACCUUGCAUGAGCAUUGAUGUAUUCUAUGGUUAUAUUCCUACUUGCAUCCAAGGGGUUAAAACUGUAAGUUAAAAAAAGUUUUAAAAAGUUCUGUAUUUGGUAUAAUGGGCCAAUAGUGUGAUUUCGCAAUCCGUGGUCCCCUGACCUUCUCUGCUCGCUCGCUGUAAAACCACAAUCAUGCUCUAAAUAGGAUCAUGUUAUUCAUAAGAUGUGCUUACAUUUCGCAAUCGCUAUAGAUUUCCGGCUAAUGCCGCUGGUCGAAGACUUGGCCGUGAUAUCAGAUCUUAACAGUGAAACAGAUUGGUCGCUAUCGCAGUUCUGUGGUUGCAUGAAUUGUCUUCUGAGAUCUGAUAAAUAGCCACAAGAUUGAUUCCUUCCUGUAACAAGCAGUUAUUAGAAGCUUUCAUGCACACAUGCAGCGUUAUUUACUAAAAAGAGAAUUUAAAGUAAAUUUCACAUUUAAGGCCAGAGUAGCAAACAUGAAAGCAAAGCUGACUUCCAGUUCAACAACCCUGACAGUCUAAUUCAAUUCGCAAAUCCAAGAAAGUUUGGGAGAGACACCCAUGCUGAGCAAAAAAAAAAUCGACAGAGUUAUUCACAGAACUAAAUUUAUUAAAACUGGGGCCUAAAUAGCCACGAUCUGACUAUGGCUCAGGUGGAGAAUGUUUCCUGAUCUGAAUUUUUUUUUUUUUGCCUCCGUUUUGUCAUUUAGAAGUAAGUCACAAAGUUCAGAGUUUUGUGUAAAACCCUGAAAGAAUCACCUCUGUUUAUAGACUGUGUCCCUCUUAAUGGAACCAUUGAAUCACCAUAACCAUUAAAGCGGGCAGUACUGGUUAUGGUGCCAUUAAUGCCCUGUCAAUCCACCACCAUAAAUAUAUAAGUAGUGCCCUUGGUGCCUGUCUCUUUGCGGUCUCUUUAGCUGAGAGUGUCAGUUGAUCUCUCUCCAGCAACAGCUAAGCCCUGUACUUAGGUAGUGGUACCCAGAGGCCUCCUGGUGAGAGGUCAGACUAUUACCAAAUGGUAUGACUUCUAACAAGCCUGAAAAAGGUUUGACUACUUAUAUUGGGCAGACACCAGAGGGCUGUAGUGAUUAUGGUACUUGGUGUAUAACUUUAAAACCGAGAGGAAGAAAGCAGGAGUUGAUUGGGAAUGUGGAAUAUCACUGAGAGCUCAUUUAAUAAUUGGAUGCAGGAGUCAGGAAACAAGUGUUAUAAAAUCAGGACUGUUCCUCCAGGUUUAGAACUAUUGGCAGGUAUGAAGUUUGACAUAGACUCCAUGGACCAUUUAAACCUUUACUGUUCCUCUUGCAUAGGAACCUGCUAUCGCUUUAUCCCUCCAUGUCUCUACAGCAUCAAAAUGGCAUGUACGGCCUGCACCAGGAUAUGCACCACUUUAACUCGUUUGAUGACGUGAGGAGUUUACCCGGGCUGCUCAGACAGGCUGGCAUCCGCACAGGUACCGACUAUCCCUCUGGUGAUAACGCCACAUCAUUCUUUGUCAAGGCAGCGUUAUCUGAUUGGCGUUACAGUGCAAUCUAGGCCAUCAGUAUGAAGUAAAUUCUAGUGCAAAGUGGAAAACUUCUCUGUCGAUUUUCUGCAGACAUAGCAUUAUAUUUUAUAACAGGACCAUAUAUUCUGCUUAACUUGUGGUGCUGCAGACAUUCUGUGAAAUUAGGGGAUUGGAAGACAUGUUUCCACUCCCCAUUGUGUUCUGAUUAUUCUGUGGUUUCACUGUAGGAAUUAUUGGGAAGAAACACGUGGGUCCAGAAUCAGUUUAUCCGUUCGACUUCGCGUACACGGAGGAGAACAGUUCGGUCCUACAGGUUGGGCGAAACAUCACGCGGAUCAAGUUGUUGGUCCGGAAAUUUCUGAAUAGCAAGGACCAAAGGUAUGAAAUAGAUGUCUUUUCAAUGUUCUUUAUUUUAUUUCUAUAUGGUUGUACAUCUCCAGAUCUCAGGGUAUCUUCUCACAGAGUGCAGUGUGUCUCCCGGCUUCUAAUAUUCCCUGUGUUACAGAGCUAGUGUGUCUCCCGGCUUCUAAUAUACCCUGGGUUACAGAGUGCAGUGUGUCUCCCGGCUUCUAAUAUACCCUGGGUUACAGAGUGCAGUGUGUCUCCCGGCUUCUAAUAUACUCUGUGUUACAGAGUGCGGUGUGUCUCCCGGCUUCUAAUAUUCCCUGUGUUACAGAGUGCAGUGUGUCUCCCGGCUUCUAAUAUUCCCUGUGUUACAGAAUGCAGUGUGUCUCCCGGCUUCUAAUAUUCCCUGUGUUACAGAGUGCAGUGUGUCUCCCGGCUUCUAAUAUUCCCUGUGUUACAGAGUGCAGUGUGUCUCCAGGCUUCCAAUAUUCCCUGUAUCACAGAGUGCAGUGUGUCUCCCGGCUUCUAAUAUUCCCUGCAGUGUUACAGAAUGCAGUGUGUCUCCCGGCUUCUAAUAUUCCCUGUGUUACAGAGUGCAGUGUGUCUCCCGGCUUCUAAUAUUCCCUGUGUUACAGAGUGCAGUGUGUCUCCAGGCUUCCAAUAUUCCCUGUAUCACAGAGUGCAGUGUGUCUCCCGGCUUCUAAUAUUCCCUGUGUUACAGAGUGCAGUGUGUCUCCCGGCUUCUCAUAUUCCCUGUGUUACAGAGUGCAGUGUGUCUCCCGGCUUCUAAUAUUCCCUGUGUUACAGAGUGCAGUGUGUCUCCCGGCUUCUAAUAUUCCCUGUAUUACAGAGUGCAGUGUGUCUCCCGGCUUCUAAUAUUCCCUGUGUUACAGAGUGCAGUGUGUCUCCCGGCUUCUAAUAUUCCCUGUAUUACAGAGUGCAGUGUGUCUCCCGGCUUCUAAUAUUCCCUGUAUUACAGAGUGCAGUGUGUCUCCCGGCUUCUAAUAUUCCCUGUGUUACAGAAUGCAGUGUGUCUCCCGGCUUCUAAUAUUCCCUGUAUUACAGAGUGCAGUGUGUCUCCCGGCUUCUAAUAUUCCCUGUAUUACAGAGUGCAGUGUGUCUCCCGGCUUCUAAUAUUCCCUGUGUUACAGAGUGCAGUGUGUCUCCCGGCUUCUAAUAUUCCCUGUGUUACAGAGUGCAGUGUGUCUCCCGGCUUCUAAUAUUCCCUGUGUUACAGAGUGCAGUGUGUCUCCCGGCUUCUAAUAUUCCCUGUGUUACAGAAUGCAGUGUGUCUCCCGGCUUCUAAUAUUCCCUGUGUUACAGAGUGCAGUGUGUCUCCCGGCUUCUAAUAUUCCCUGUGUUACAGAGUGCAGUGUGUCUCCCGGCUUCGAAUAUUCCAUGUAUUACAGAGUGCAGUGUGUCUCCCGGCUUCUAAUAUUCCCUGUGUUACAGAGUGCAGUGUGUCUCCCGGCUUCUAAUAUUCCCUGUGUUACAGAGUGCAGUGUGUCUCCCGGCUUCUAAUAUUCCCUGUGUUACAGAGUGCAGUGUGUCUCCCGGCUUCUAAUAUUCCCUGUGUUACAGAGUGCAGUGUGUCUCCCGGCUUCUAAUAUUCCCUGUGUUACAGAGUGCAGUGUUUCUCCCGGCUUCUAAUAUUCCCUGUGUUACAGAGUGCUGUGUGUCUCCCGGCUUCUAAUAUUCCCUGGGUUACAGAGUGCAGGACAGAUUUAUAGCUACAGUCCUACAGACUCGAUAUCCUGCAAGGCCGACACAUUUAUUGCAAUGCAUAAUGGUGCUUCUAUAACAGUUGAGGCCAUUGAUUACAUCCAGUAUUUAAUAUCUGACUAAUGCUUUAUGUAUUAAUAUCGCUAAAUAUCUCCCAGGUCCGUCCUUUCCUUUAACCUCUGACAAUUAGUCCUUUUUUAUUAUUUGUUCCUGUUUCCAUCCAUACUCUUGCUCCCCUCCUGGGAGAGGAGGGGAUUUGUUUUGUUUUUUCCCCUAAAUUAUUCUGUCUAGAUGUUUUGAGGACAAUUAGAAGCUUAAAAAUUAUUCAUUUAAGGGCCAUCUACUGCCCAAAUAUGAAAAUAAAAUAAGAAUCACUAUUUAUUAGAUAGGCCACCAAUGAAAACCUGCAUGCAUUUAAUUGUGAAUUCUUUCACUGGGUCUAUGUAAAAGCAAAUGCAAAAGUUGCAGAUCUUUUGUCUGCAGCUUUUGCAGGUCCUCCCCUUCUAACCCCGCCCAGAUGUUCUGUGGCUGUCCAAUCACAGACUUCCCAAUGCAGCUCAAUGAGAAGUCUUUGCAAGGCAGGUACUCUGAGCAAUUGCUGCCUCUUGAGUUCAGCUCCACUAAGUUAACCAAACCAGGAAGUAAUAUGACCUGUUGUUAUCUGUUUGAUAGCCGAGGGGUGUAACAAGGUUAGUUUACAACAGUGUAAAUUUCUAUUGAAAUCUGCUCUUUUUGUAAAAUGAAAAAAAAGGACAAACAUUUCACACAUAAAGCAUUUCAACAAGGUAAAAUGCUUUAGGAGUAUGGAGUGUCCUUUUAAAUAUGUGUUUGUUUUGGGCGGUGGGGUUUAUUUUUUACACUGAAUUGCAAUAUGGCUUUCAAGUCACAACAGAUCGUGAAUUAAAACCCAACAUGUUUUAUAAAUAUUUGAAUAUUUAUUGGAGGGAGUUUGGUACAUUUUUCUGAUUCAAUCUAUAAAGCCAAAUCUGUUUCUACCAUUUAUUUGAGGCAGAUUUGAUCAUUUUGUUUAGUCCAUGCUACAGAUUCUGUCUCUCGUUCUGUCGUUCCAGGCCCUUCUUCCUAUACGUUGCGUUUCAUGACCCUCAUCGAUGUGGACACUCCCAGCCUCAGUACGGCGCCUUCUGCGAGAAGUUUGGAAAUGGAGAUGUUGGUAUGGGACGGAUCCCAGACUGGACCCCACAGUACUAUACCCCCGAACAAGUUCAGGUUAGAAGUCGCAUUCUUUGUGAUGGUUAAAGAGGCUGUGGGACUUGGUUUAUAGAAUCAGUAAUUAACGGCUUACGUAUUUACACGCGUAGAAUGCUAAUUUUGGAGAUGAAACUCCAGAAGGCAAUAAGGCACAAUAUCUUAUUUCCAGUUGUUGUAUUUUUUAAAAUUUGUUGCAUAUUUCUGCCUCUCCCUGUAAUGUGUUAUGAAUGAUGAGAUAUUUGGGGAGAUCUGUAAACCAGCAAAUACGUAUCAUUUAUUGAUGGAUGAAGAUGGGAUGAGGUUUAACCCCUUAAGGACACAUGACAAAUCUGACAUGUCAUGAUUCCCUUUUAUUCCAGAAGUUUGGUCCUUAAGGGGUUAAUUCUAUUUUUAUUUUAUUUUUUCACUAGAGUUGGUGAUCACCAGUGGUUUUCCCUUAUUUUUCCUUUUUUCUUUUUACUCCUAUUUUUUUUUCUUUCCUUUGUUCUCAGUUGUUUUGUUUUUCACCUGACUUAUCUUAGCUCAAUAUUUACUAAAUAGGAAUCUUGAGAUUCUGCACCCCUUGCUCUCUCUCGAUUGUUAUUCUUUAUAUACUGUUUUUUUUUAUUUUUUUUAUUGUAGCUUCCUUAUUUUAUCCCCGACACACCCAGUGCCCGAGCAGAUGUGGCUGCGCAAUACACCACGAUUGGCCGAAUGGACCAAGGUAAGGGGAAAAUUGAGAAGGUAAUUCAAAAUUUAAAAUUACACUAUUGUGUCAGGAAUACAAAUGUGUAUUCCUGACACAAUAGAUCUAAAUACCCAUUUAGCCCCCAGCACCCCUUACCUCCGGUUAAAAUGUGAUUUAAUCCUUGGCUGAGAUUAUCAAACUUGAUGAUAUCAGCCAAUCCAAUGCUUUCUUAUAGGAUAACAUUGGUAGGCUAAUGCAAAUGUGCAGCAAAAUGCCGCUCUGCGCAAAUCAGCAUCUCCUCAUAGAGAUCAGUCGACUCAUUGCAUCUCUAUGGGGAAAGUUCAGUGCCUCCAAGCAUUUCAUGUUGUGUUUGGUUCCAGAGCCCAGACCCUGGCACGUAUCUGCACGGCUCUGUCUGACUCUGGGAAAGGAUAUGUGACCAAGUCACGGGUCAUGGAACAUCUCACUACAAAGCUCGCAUUCUUAAUCCGGAUUUUGGAUUUGUGCCUGUACACCCUGCAACAAGAGAUUAAAAAAAAAAAAAAAAUCCCACAAAAAAUUAACCCCUUUAGUGUCCUGGUUUAUUGUGAUUUAAAAAGCCCGUGGUACAUUCUGUAUUGCAAGGUUGGUAAACACUAUAGAAGAAAAGUAAGCGUCCAUCUCUUAGUCUAUUUGUUUAUAAAAACGUGGAAAGGUGCCGAAACUCCUGUUUCAUCAAACCAAUAGGUUAUAAUAUAUACAAAUGUUAUAAAAUAACUGCCCAGCACUGGCAUUUAGACCACGCGGGGUCUUUGUCAAGUCUAUCACCAGCUGCCAGGGAAAUCAUACUAAUCACUGCGGCCACCAGAGAAAGGCAGAGAGGAGGCAGCGGUGUCGGACGCCGGACCAAAAGAGACAUUGUUUCAUGUCUCCCGCUCUCUGUCUGCUCUCUGAGCUGACUGCCAGGUGUAAAGGGCGGAGCUUAUAAAACAAUGAUUGACAGGGAGCUAAAAUGGAGGUGGCUCUCUCUAUACUGACUGCCAGGUGUAAAGGGCGGAGCUUAUAACAAUGAUUGACAGGGAGCUAAGAUGGAGGCGGCUCUCUCUAUACUGACUGCCAGGUGUAAAGGGCGGAGCUUAUAACAAUGAUUGACAGGGAGCUAAGAUGGAGGUGGCUCUCUCUGUACUGACUGCCAGGUGUAAAGGGCGGAGCUUAUAACAAUGAUUGACAGGGAGCUAAGAUGGAGGUGGCUCUCUCUAUACUGACUGCCAGGUGUAAAGGGCGGAGCUUAUAACAAUGAUUGACAGGGAGCUAAGAUGGAGGCGGCUCUCUCUAUACUGACUGCCAGGUGUAAAGGGCGGAGCUUAUAGCAAUGACUGACAGGGAGCCAAGAUGGAGGUGGCUUUCUCUAUACUGACUGCCAGGUGUAAAGGGCGGAGCUUAUAACAAUGAUUGACAGGGAGCUAAGAUGGAGGUGGCUCUCUCUAUACUGACUGCCAGGUGUAAAGGGCGGAGCUUAUAACAAUGAUUGACAGGGAGCUAAGAUGGAGGUGGCUCUCUCUAUACUGACUGCCAGGUGUAAAGGGCGGAGCUUAUAACAAUGAUUGACAGGGAGCUAAGAUGGAGGUGGCUCUCUCUAUACUGACUGCCAGGUGUAAAGGGCGGAGCUUAUAACAAUGAUUGACAGGGAGCUAAGAUGGAGGUGGCUCUCUCUAUACUGACUGCCAGGUGUAAAGGGCGGAGCUUAUAACAAUGAUUGACAGGGAGCUAAGAUGGAGGCGCCCAGUUGCAGGAUAAAGAGAUGUGAUUUUCUACUUUUUAAUCUAUUAUUCAUUUUUUUUACACCUCUAAAAAUACAUAUCUGGUCACAAUAUGGGACAAAGCCCUUUGCAAACAGUUUCACAACUUACUUGGGGUCUGCCAGGAAUCCGUCACCUGGUCGUCUGGAGCCCAAAAGCUCCCUCAAGUAUCCUUCAUCAGCUCCUGUGAGGUGAGCCCUGCAUUGCUGGCCUGGCUCGUUGGCUUCUGUCAUUGUCAGCUGAGUUCUUCCACCAAUGAGAUAAGACCUGCACUGCGGGGCGUAGCUCAGUACUGCGUAGGAGGUGAGGACCAGUGCCUGGCAGACCUCAGGUACGUUGUUAAACCUUUCGCAAAUGGUUUUACUACUUACCCUGGUAUGGUGCCAGGGAACUCACGACAGCACUCUGCAGCAGUUAUGGUGCUUGGAGUGCAAAGUGGUAGUAUGAUGGUGUAUCCAUAACGCCUGAUCAUUUGACUCAGUUGCUUAGUAACCAUGUAAACAUUCACAUUAUAAACAAAGUACAAAAUGCCAGAUAUUUAUCACAACCCGUGAAGUGAUUCAUUUUCCAUCCGCGCCUGUUCAUCUGUGGUAAUAGUGGAAGUUAGUUUUAUUCCGCUAAUGACCAUAUUACAUAAAAUAUAUCUGCUUUUGUAGAAGUAUAUUUUUGUUUUUUGCUAUGUUAGAAUUUUGUGGAUAUACCCUCCAGUAAACGCUUUAUUACCAUUAUGACUCUGUAACCAGAACUUGGUGGUGUGAAGGAGGUAACCCUGAAUGUCACAUACACAUAAACACAUACAUGUCUAAUGGGCGGUAAAAUUCUUACCUUUUUUCUUUAAUAGUCCCAGUGUUUAUAUUAAAUAAAAUGAUGCGUCUUUACUAUUUCUUUAAUUAUUUUAUAAGGGACCUCUUGUGCAUUUUGGACUUUCCAGCCUAUUAGACAUGUAUGUGUUUAUGUUUACAGUAUUACUUUUUUUUUUUUAAGUGAACUUACACUUUAAUUACCUUUGCAAUCUCCCCUCCCCCAGUUCAUUGUUUUGUACCUAUUUUUCCUCAUUCAUUAUAGUUCACUGUUUUACAGAUUAAUGACUUGGUUGUACGUGGGAUUUUUAUACAAUAUGUUUUUGUUUUUAUAAUUAAUGCUGGAGAAAUUGUUAAUUCCAUUAUUACAACUCACAUAAGCCAUGGAUCUCACCCUGUCAUCCUGUUUCUCCGUUUUUUUAAUAUUGUUUUUCCAUUUUUUUUUUUAUUUUUUUUUUUUGAUUUGCAUGUGUUAGGCCAAAGUAACAGCUGGAAAAAUGAUCCAAUCCUGUUUAUUUCAUAGUUUAGCUAUUUUGGUCUAAACAUUGGAAAUGAGUGAUCCUUGAGGGAUGGUUAGAGAAGUGAAGCUGUAGAUGAGGGAUUGCUGAGAAUCGGAGUCUCUUUUACUUCUUCCUUCGUUUGAAAUCGUCUGUCAUUAGGAUGGGUCCACACCUAAUCUAAUUACUUAAUGAAUAGAAAAACUAGCAUUAAUUAGUGCCAGGGUAUAUCCCAAAACUCAAAUACAAAUCACUACUGAAAUCCUAAUCAUUUAUUAUAAUUUCAUCAAUAAAAUAAACUGAAAAAACACAAUAUAAGAAAGAGUUGGGCAGUGAAGGAUUAGUUAUUUACACUGGAUGCUGGAACACUGUUUGUUGUAUGUCCGUAUUGGUAAGUAAUUACUAAAGUGGCAAUUUGUACUGAAUCCCCUCUAGCAAUAGUGCUGAGAAGGUGCAGGAACCUUAGAAUGAGGUCUUGAACAUUUCGGCUGAAUUCACAUCACCAAGGACAUGACCGAAACCCUGAAUUGCUGUUUGCGCGCAUGCAUGCCCUGUUCACACGGUUUCUUUGUUGCAUUGUCUGAUUUUUAUCCUCCAGGAAUAGGUCUGAUCCUUUCUGAGCUGCGCAGUGCAGGACACGAGAACAACACACUAGUGAUUUUCAGCUCUGACAAUGGAAUUCCGUUCCCAAAUGGACGCACCAACCUCUACUGGUCGGGCAGGGCGGAACCACUCCUGGUGUCCUCGCCCACCCAGCCGAAACGCUGGGGACAAGUCAGCCAGUCAUUUGCCAGUUUGCUCGGUAAGAAAUCAACUCUAGGCAGCGUGAUUAAAGGCUAUUUACUAAAGCACUCAUUGUGGAAAGUUCAAAGUGAAUUUCAAAUUUUAGCAGUCAGAUUUUAGUUAUCAAAUUAGCUGAAUUUAAAACAUAGAGAAUUUAUUCCAAAUCCGCUGUCUUAGCCUCAAAUUUGAAGUUCACUUUGAAUCCUGACAUUUCAGACUAGAAAAUUACCAUAAGUGUCUCUUGUGUGAAUCUAUAUAUUAUUAUUAUUAUUAUUAUUUUUUAUUUUUUUUUAAGUCUUUAUUUUUCAAGUGCAGUGUGAUACAUUAAGACAAAUGUUUACUUUCUCAAGUAGCAUAUAAAUAGCUGUCAAUUGCAUUUGCACAGUAUGAGAGGUUGCUAUUAUAGCACUUAUUUUUUUGGUAAGAGGGCGGAACUGAUUGCAUGAUCGGUUGCCAAAUGAAGGAAUGUGUGAGUCAUCUAUGGGUCGUGUGUCUACUUGAACCAUUCUAUAUAUUAUUUUGAAUACAUGCUGCUGCCCUUUCACAGAACGGGUUUCUACAAAAAAAACAACCAAACAAUUGGGGUCCCCUGGAAUGCCCCAAAAACAGUGACCCAGUGGACGCUCCCCCUCAUGUGGCCAGUGGGGUGGAGAGCAAAAUAUAAAUAUUUUUGUUUGUAACUUAAAAUUUUUGUUUUGUAAAUGAAAUUAAACAAAGUCAGGCUCUAGUGAAACAACACAACUAUAUGGAUGUUAUUCAAUUGUCCUUUAGUAAAUAACAUGUAGUCAUAUAUUAAAACCCCAUUCACUCAAUGCAUGCUGGAUAGUUUAUCUGAAAUGUGAGCUGUGGAUUUCUUUAAAUUACCAGAAUUUCAUUUUUAUACAUAUUUUAGCUUUAGUUCAGCGUGCUUUUUUCUCUCUAUGAAAUCCCACCAUUUUUCAAGAAAUCUCGUCUCAGAAAAUUUGUUUCCAUUCUCCCUAAUCAGAUUCUUUAGGAUAAUUUGAACACGUUACAUUUUUCUUGGCCAGAUAUCACUCCCACUGUCCUGGAUUGGUUCUCCGUGCCGUAUCCUGACUAUAAGGUAUUUGGGAAGAGUGUUGAGCUCACUGGGAAAUCCCUUCUUCCAGCUCUGGAAUCUGAGCAACCUUGGGCGACUGUCUUUGGAAGCCAAUCCCACCAUGAGGUCACAAUGUAUUACCCAAUGAGGUCAGUCCAGCAUAUGCAGUAUCUCCUCAUACACAACCUCAACUACAAGAUGCCUUUUCCCAUUGACCAAGAUUUUUACAUCUCUCCAACCUUUCAAGAUCUGCUUAAUAGAACUGUUUCUGGCCAGCCAACUAACUGGUUCAAGACCCUUCACAGCUACUAUUAUCGUGACCGCUGGGAGCUUUACGACCGAUCAGGAGACACCUCAGAGAUAAAGAAUGUGGCUGGAGAGGUCAUGUACCAGGGAAUUUUAAAUUCCAUGAAGGAAUUACUGCAGAAGUGGCAGUGGGAGACCUCAGAUCCUUGGGUGUGUGCUCCUGAUGGAGUUUUGGAGGAGAAGUUAGAUCCAGAAUGCCGUCCUCUUCAUAAUGACUUGUGAUGAUUACUGGGUUAAAAUAGACAUAGAAGCCGUUUUAACACCAGGUCAUGCUCUACUGUAAUGCCAGUUAAUAGAGAAUGUGAGUAAAAAAGGAUCAGCUGGUGUGAUCCUCGCAUGGACCUUUAAAUUAAAACCGAGAGCAAAUGUCCAAUGCUAGGCAUCAGCCCAAGGUUCUACCUUGGGAUCUUUCUCUGGAAUGUCUUGGUUUUCUUUUGGCUAAAUGUAUGAAGACCAGUUCUGUGGCUGCUAAAAGGUAGGGAUGGCUGGUGGUUAAAUAAGCCCGUCAUGCAGUAUUACAACCCCAAUGUGCGUGUCCACUCCAGAAGCAUGGGGCAGAAGCCUUAAUACUCAUAUGCACCAAAUACUGAAUGUUACCAGAAAGCCUGCUUAUUUUUUGCACUUUAUUUCAAGAACUGUGCCUUUAAAAACCAAGAGUGCGGUUAGUACAUACCGUCCCAUCUUUGUGAAGGAGUAUUCAUUUAAUCCCACAUUGUCAUUGUGUCUGCUGGGUUUCUGUUGCCAUCGUCGGGUAACUGGUAACUUGGCCUUUUCAUCUCCCCAACAUCCAUUUUUGAGAAGCAUGUGUUGUAUUUAGUUUCAGGUGCCACUUUCGCAGCUUUUAUAUUGAAUUCUUUUCUUUUUUUUUUACCUAAUUUACCAAAGUGAACCAUUUAUUUAAGUGCCGUUUAUUGACUGUGCCUGUGAUGCACAAAUUGUAUCUUUUUACAUUUUCACGUUUGCUCAGUAUAAAAUGUGAUUGCCGCAAUACCUACAGGAAACUCUUACUGUAGGAUUAACAGUGAUCAUCGUGCCUUUUAUCAGUUUCAAUAAAAACACACAGUUUAAUUUACCACUAGUACAGCUAUCUGAUAAUCAGCAGAUCCACUUCAUAUCCAAACCGAUACGAUCAUCACUUUCUGUUCGCAUUGUUUUUUUGUUUGUACAUUUUAGAAUGAUAAUUAUGUUACAUUUUUUCAUAGCAAUAAAUCUGGAAAAAAAACAAUGAAUAUUGUAUAUUUGUAAUUUGUUCAAUAUCUUAAAUAUUCUUCCAGAUUGACACUGGAUACCUGAUUCGGGCUUUUUGAUUUCUGCUCACUUGUUCUAAGUAUUUUUCCCAAGAUUCUAAUAAAAAAAAAAAA